UACGAGAUCGGAAUUGCAGACGAUUUUUUUCCCGUUUUGGGAUAAUCGACUACUACAGAUUCUUGACUUCAGUUUAUUAUUAUUUUGCAAGGCGGCUCUCUCUCAAGGUAACCACGUUUCUGUCCGAAAUGCAUUCUUGGUGAAGUUUCAAAGUUACAGAAAUGAAACCGAUAGGAUACACUGCACUUUUCAUCGAUAUGAUGUGCAUCCAGGUGAUUUAGAUUGUCGGAUUGGUAUCAAACUAAAACGAUUGCCAAUGAUUCUAACAUGGAGUCAUGGAUAUUGGUAUCAAGCUAUAAGCAAGAAUUCUGAUAUUCCAAUUUAGAAACAGAGAUCUGAUCUAAUAAGAUGCAUACAAAACUUAGCUUGUUGGAUUUGAAGAGUAAACUACGAAAAAACCAUGGAAGAAGAAAUUCUAAGGAUCACACCCGUGACAAAAAGUCAUGCAGAACAGCAAUAGAGAGAAAAGAAACCUGCCGGCCAUCCAGUGAGCACAUCUUGCCACAGGAAUUUCUCUCUGGACAUUGUUUUACUGGAUGCAUUGGGAAUCCUCUGAACAAAGAAACAGAGGUUGUUGCUUCACUUUUAUAUGCUGACAAUGGAGCACCUGUUGAAAAGCCCAGAGAUUCGGAAGCUCCCCUUUUGACAAGCUAUGAUGGAAUCAACUAUUCCUCUUGUGAUAGACCAACUAAACUGUUGCAUGGCCAUACAUCCUUUGAGGCUCAAGCUCAAGAUAUCUCAGAUGUUUACGUAUACAAGGAUAUAUUAAUUUUUGCACCUACUGCACUUGCAUUAAUGGGAAUGUUAAGGUUGGACUUUUGGUAUUAUUUUUCAAGGACAAUUCAAGGUUAUCAAGUUGGGAACUUCAACAACCACAACCUCAAUGGAAACAGAAGAUUCACAUUACAAGGUUUAAACUUGGUGACUUCAAAGGGAUAGAAUAUUAGUGAAGUUUCGUUCUCAUGCAGGAGUGUACUUCAAAUUAUUCCACAACCUUCUAACGGUUCUUCAUGUCCCCUUCUUUCAAUGGCUACUUUUUGGGAAAUAUUUUUUGAAUUUAGAUCCCUGAAUUAUGUGUAUAAAUGGAAAGAAUCUAAUUAGACUAUGUUGUGCUUAUGAGAAUCUGCUAAUAGGGCUAGUUUAGGGAAUUUAUUCUC